UUGGAGAUCAGGAAUUUAGAGAAGUUCCAUCAGUUGGAAUUUACAGUAUACAUUUCCCAGAAGUCCCUACUGUGGGGUGUGACCUCAAUAUUCACCUCUAUCAACGAGAAGAGAGUGUUUGGCCGGGAACAAUGGACAAAGUGGACAGUGGUCAAACUUUCCAGGACAGACUAUGGAGUGGUCAAUCUGAAAUAUCUCCUGUGAAAUUUUCCAUGGACACAGACUUGAAAUUCCCAUCACAAAUGCCAAAGUUGAACAAGGCAUUGCCAAAUAUGGACAAUGACCUUGAAAAGAAUUUUUCAGAUGACCUCAACUUUAAACAAUCAGGGUCAAACAUAGAAACGGUUAAUGACCAUCAGAAAUAUAUAGAAAAUCUUAUUCAAAAUAACGAAAUAAUUAAUAAACUAGCUGACCAGCUGAUAGAUGUCCUUCAACAAGCGGUUAGGAGGAGAAUUUAUAAUCAACCGUACCUUGCCUUGGCACCAGAGGUUGAAAGGUCAGGAAACUUUUCAUCAGAGGUCAAGAGGUCACCGUGUUCUCAAUGUAAACCUCACUCUGAAUCUCCUAAUAAAACAAAUGCUACUGUGCUCGAAAAUAAUCCUUUAACAGCUGAAGAAUCAACCACAGAAGGUGCAAACGGACCAGGUAGAGGAGAUGGUAAUUGUGGAGGGGGAACAAGGACCAAUCCUAGUUGUGAACAAGAUCAUCCGAAAGUAGCCAUUUUGUUUUCUGGAGGAAUAGACUCUGCUGUGAUAACUGCAUUAGCAGACAGGUGUCUACCUGAGAGUGAACCUAUAGAUUUGAUGAAUGUUGCUUUUGAACAACAAAUAAAACCAUCUGGUAAAAAAGG